AUGGAAAAAGAACAAGUUUGGUAUAUUACAGGUUGUACAAGUGGAUGUGGAUUAGCAUUGGUUGAGAAAUUAUUAAAGAUUAAGGGUACAAAAGUUGCAGGAACAACAAGGGAUUUAAAAAAGAUUGAACAAUUAUCAAUUUAUAAGGAUCAAAAUUUUUUAGCAUUACAAGUUGACUUGGUAAAUAGUAAAUCAGUUGAAGAAUCAAUUGAAAAAACAAUUAAACAUUUUGGAAGUAUUACUCAUGUUGUAAAUAAUGCAGGCUUUGCUUUAAUGGGUACUGUUGAAGAGGCAAGUGAUAAAGAGCAAAGAGAGCAAAUGGACGUUUGCUAUUUCGCUCCAUUAAAUGUAAUUAGAUCAGUGUUACCACACUUUCGUUCAAAAUCACAUGGUUAUAUCUUUAAUAUUGGCUCUGGUGCUGGGUUUAGAGGUAUAGCUAAUUUGGGUGCUUAUUCCGGUUCAAAAUUCGCAAUCACUGGUAUUACCGAGGCAUUACAUGAAGAGGUUAAACAAUUCUCUAUUAAUGUAUCAACUAUUGUUUUAGGCUAUAUUGAAACAGAUUUCCAUGAAGCAAUUCCAGUGGCUAAAAAUUUAAUUGAUUGUUAUUCUACCCAAGCUUUUAGUGAACAGCGUAAAGAAAAUUUAAAGAAAAUUAUUGGUGGUGAUCCACAAAAAGUUGCUGAUGUUUUAAUUGAUUAUUCAUACAAAUCAAAUUUACCUUUUAAUAUUUUCGUUGGUCCAACUAAUCAUUUCAAUAAUAUUGAAACAAGAGCUAAAGAAUUAUUAAAUCAAAUUCAAUUACAAAGAGAAAAAAAUAAUGUUCAAAAAUCUUAA